AUGGCUGCCGGCAACAGUAAUGUUACGUCGGAUCAAUUAGCGCUUCUUGCGCUAAGAGAUCGCAUGAUCAAUUCAGAGCCUCGAGAAAUCUUGGCAAAAAACUGGUCCAUUACCUCCUCUGUUUGUGAUUGGAUAGUGGUCACCUGCGGCUCUCGACACCGCCGAGUGACUGCCUUGAAUAUCUCAAACAUGAACCUUACUGCGGGAACAAUUUCCAUGGAGAAUUACCCUGAGUUAGUUCAGUUGCGCAGAUUGAGAUACCUUGAUUUUGGGAUCAACAAUCUCGGUGGAGAGCUUCCCUCCUGGUUUGGUUUAUUACACAAACUCCAAUACCUGUCUCUCAGAAACAAUAGCUUUGCGGGUUCUAUCCCGCCUUCCAUCUCUAACAUGUCAAACUUGGAGACGCUAUGGCUGUCUUUCAAUUUCAUUGAGGGGACCGUUCCAACAGAAUUUCAGAAUCUUCAUAAUUUGAAGAAUUUGAUUAUUGAGUAUAAUCAGCUUUCUCGUCCUUUGCCACCCCAUGCAUUCAAUAUUUCCUCGCUGGAAAGCAUUUCCUUCAUGAAUAACAGCCUAUCUGGCAUUCUUCCGGACAACAUCUUGUCUCAGUGUUCACUGCUUCGGUAUCUUGCCUUGUCUGAGAACCAUUUAAGUGGAUCGAUACCCAUGGGAAUUGGGAACUUGACAAUGCUGGAGAAACUACACCUGGAGAGCAACAAUUUAACAGGUAAAAUGUGGUAG